GCUGGACAACACUCUUCUCUCCCAUCUCCCCUGAAAUCACGGCUCCAUCAUUCCCCCUCCUCCCCGCAAUCCGCUCGCCGAUCAUCGGUCUUGACUCUUUCUCUCUCUCUCUCUCUUGACAGGGCGAUUUUGAUCAACUUUUCCCUGUAGUGGUUCGCAAUGCAUCUAUUUAUUUGGGAGGUUCGCGAUCCGCGAGAAUAGAGUCUUGGAAGGGAGAGAAGAAGAACCUAAUUCAAUUUUCUUUUUGUUGUUUUGUAAUCUCUGAAAGCGGAAAAGCAUUCCGUGGAAGAGGCGCUUUGAGACUCCCUCUCCUCCUGAAAAAGCGGUUGUUUUAAUCGCGUUGUAGAUGAGCGAUCUCUCGCGGCCGAUCGGAACUCCAACCUUCAUCCUUUAUCUCUUUACCCCUUCUCUUCCGUUGCUCCGUUGUCCUACUCGUCGGCAAAGGAAGCUCUAGCCUGCACCUCAAUUCCGAAAUCAAAACCGAGAAUACGAAGCGGAGAGGGAAAGGAAGAGGCCAUUGCUCGGUGAGAAGAGGACCGAAUAUAUUGUGACGGUUCCAUUGCCGGGAUUAAAGCAGCGAUGAGCGCCGUCGGUUCGGACGAUGGCCGCAGCAAGCAGAUCGUGAGGCUCAGGAGCGUCCUCCGCCCCUGGAAUUCCUUCACGGGCGGCCAACACCUGCGGGAGUCUCUUCUCUCCGACGGCGCUACGGCCAACCGUCCGACCGCGGUGCCGAAGGGCUAUCUUGCGGUGUACGUCGGGAGCGAGCUGCGUAGGUUCGUUAUUCCCACGGCGUUCCUCCGGCACGCGGAGUUUCGGGCGCUUCUGGCGCGGGCAGAGGAAGAGUUCGGGUUCGAGCACGAGGGCGGCCUGACGCUUCCCUGCGAGGCGGACGAGUUCGAGGAGCUCGUGGAGGCCAUGGCGAGGAGAGAGCGCGGCCGGAGCACCUGCCGGAAGAAGGCCGCAUUCGGAAGCCUCUUCAGUAGGUCCUCCUCCUUUAUCGGCCUUCUCGCCGCCGUUCCUUCCUUGCUUCCCCACGCGAGGCCUUCUCUUACCGCGAGCCGGUACGCUUGACCGUGAGAAGAGAGCCCAGUCGGGAAGAAAAUAGGAACCCACUAAGUUUGAUGCCCAAUUUGAAAGCGGCAUCGUUUGUAAAUGCUUCGCCUUAAAUUGAGAGGCUCAUCGUGUCCAGGUUUUAGUAAUGAAACCGUUCAUUCAUUUUUUCAAAAGUAGAAGCAAACACGGUCAUGGAAAUUUGUGAGCUGCCGA